GGAAGCACAGAGAGCGUUGCAUCGAGCGCACAAUAAAACUCGCCAGUAGCCGCCCCGGUCCUUUCCACCCGACAUCUUAUUUUUUUAUAUUUCCCAGACAGUCCAGUCUCUCUUCUGGGCACUGUUCUUGUUGACUGCGACGCCCAUCACCUAGACGCCGCCUAUUAUCCUCCUCUUUCUACCUGCUCAUCAUACUCCGUACCCGUUGCUGUCAGGUCUGAGGCCACACACAGCAGCAGUCAUUCCCACCCACUCACUCUCCUGCGAGCUCUUUAGCCAGGGUUCCCACACGGCUCCACUCGGAUGACCCGACCGACUUUGGCUCGCUGUCCCGUCCCGACUCGGCCCAACGAUUACUCACACCGGAGCCGCACUGCCCCAGCGAUUGAGCCACCACCGUCGAGACAAGCAGUCAAGAUAGACGACCGAGUGCUACUAGGCCCGACCCAACUCGAAUCUCAUCCAUGACUCGACCAGGGACACUAUAAGCAGUUUGCACCGCUAAAGCCUGCCGCCGACCAUGGCAACCAGCGUUGACACGCGGACCUACAUGGAGGUCGCUGAUGAUGAUGGGAAUAUCAUCGACGACUCCAAGACAUAUGUCUCCACCGCGCCGCCUGGCACCAAAGAAUCAGCCAACGUCUCGCGCACCAGGAACAGGACCCUGACCAGGGGGUCGUCGUCGUCGUCGUCUCCUAACCCCACCCAUCUUCACACAGACUCCGACUCUACCACACACCCCAGCAGCCCGCUGAGGCAGGAUUCCAGGAAGCCCAGGACCAAGCCCAGGGACAAGGACAAGCCCUCAGCCAAGAAAACAGUCACACAUGCCACUCCUGCUCCCAGGCCCAGCGCCAGGUCAGCCAGGACCCUUCCCAACCUGCACACCUCUACAGCGAGAAAGUCCCAGGACCAGUCUACCUACUACGGCAUCAGUCCCGAUCCGACCAGUCCCAUCCUUACUCCUGGCGUCACCUCGUCGCGUCCGCGGGUGUACUCCACAAGUCAGCGACCAAACAGCUACUAUGGCCAGCCGUCCAAGCCACCACAGUCCAAUGCCAGGUACUGGCAACACCCUAAUCCUGUCCUGGGGGGAUCUUUCCCUCCACCGGCGCCUUUUCCACCACCACCAGGUGCCCCGCAGUUCCAGCCCCCUUUCCCACCGCCGCCGCAGCAGUUUGUUCCGCCGCCAAUAGACUACAUUACUAGCCAGGGUGCGUUGGCGGCCCGCUUCGAACACCACCGCCCGCGCUCCGCCAUGGGACGCCAGCAUCUCAUUGACUACAGCCCAGAGUACGAGGACCCUGAGGAAGGCGGCGUCGUGAUACGGCGGCCGUCACUGAGCAGGAGAAGAUCCACCAGGCAGGAUGCGGAUCGCAUCCGCAUGCCUCCACCGCCGCGGCCCAGCACAUCGCGCCCCCAGGCAUCGUCCUUUGCACCUCCGCCUCCGAAAAGGCGUUCGAUUGGGUCCGUCGGGUCACUGUUUGUAGAUGACGAUUCCCUUGACGGCGAUGACUCUCUCUAUAGUGGUGUUUCCCCAGCCGAGAGCUACCCUCGCGCAGCCCGUCGUCCAAGCAUCGACUCCAACCCGAUGUACGACAUGGGACACGGCUACGCUGAAGUGGCAGGCAGACCGGACCGACUGGGUCGACGGAACUCCCACUACGGGGCCCGCAGGCAGUCGACGGAGCGAGAGGUCGAGGACAAGUACAAUUCGGCGUUGCAGUACCAGGACGAGGUGGACGGGCCAACCAAUCCCCUCACGGCCGCUACUCUCCGGCGCAUCACCAAGACCCCAAGCAAGAGCACCAAGAGCUCAGGCAGCAAGGGAGGAAGUGGCUACGGGCGCCCCGCAGCGUCGAGGAACAGCAUGGAUGCGGACGACAUGACUAUAUUCGUCAAGGGCAUGGGUUCUCUUACCAUUGGCGGCGCGCAGCUGAACAUUGAGGACGGCGCCGAGAUAGCCAUCCGCACCAACGGCAGCGAGAGGAACUCGCGAGGAGGGAGCGACAAUGCCUCAACGGCCUACCCUGACGACAGCCGCACUGCCAGGUUCGAACGGCCCCAACCGCGGAUCCGUACCCGCUCGCGGGCAGGGUCACACUCGCGCACCCUUGCGCACCACGUCGCCCCGGCCGCUCCGCCCCACCCGCAUGUUGACUACUACGGGAACACUUACAUUCCGAUGGCACAUGCACCGUACUCUCCCCACCCCUACCCCUAUAAUGUAUGACGCACACGAGGAACACGAUGUUGAUGAUGCCGACGACGACGAUGAUGAUGACAAACAAAAUCUGAUGACCAACGGGAUGAGGCAUGGUUUGAUUUUGAUGUUUUGUGAGGUUUCCCAAUACCGACCUGAUGAUUCAAGAUCCAAUUGGAUGAUUCAAGCGAGCGAUGGUUUCUGAUUUCUAUAAUGAUGGGCUGUGAUAUCCUGGGACAUUUUUCUUCUCACUCAUCCGGCCCCAGCCGACUGACGCCGGCGGAUGGCGCCGGAGUACUACUAUGUUGUUGGCCAGCGAUCUCCUUCUGAUUUUAUUGCCUGGAAAAGAGCGUCAAAAGGUUACUGAGCGGAGAGAGAUACCCCUUCCCGUUUUGUCAUACACCGCCUGUCGCCUUCUAUUCUUGGGCACCAACAUUUCCCUCGUCAUUGAUAGCACUUGUGUUUCCUGUACAACUGGAUGUGUAUCCUCAAAAGUGCUCAUGUGGGCGGGCGACCGCGCUCUGGCCGAGCCCGGCUUGUGUAUACGUUGUACGAUGAGGGCACUGGAAAGCAGGCUUUUCUCUCGCGCCGGCCGUGUCUUUUGGCGCAGGCGGGGAAUGGAGACAUCUACAUGGCUACCUACCUGUUCCAUAUUGUAGUGCUAUCAUCACAGUUCUACUUCUACGCAUAUAUUACAUUUCUAUUUAUGGCUUUUUGAGACCUGUCAAACCUUGCAUGUACCGGUUCGGGUUUGCUCUGAGCCCGUGAGAUGGAAAAGGCCAGGACCUCCGGACAGGGGUGAGGAUCUUUCGGGGUCUUGGGUCCCUUCCCGUCAUUUACACCGGACAGUCUCUGGAACAAAUUGCUUGUUCCGGGGUCGAUACUUGACGGGGAAGGCAACUGGGUUGAGGCAGCCUGGACAACAGCUCCCAAGACGUGUCACGAUGAUAUAGCAGGGGAUAUUAUACAAGCAUACUCUUAGACCAGAUACCAAUGCUUGCGAAGAACACCAGAGGGGAGGUACCGCUCCGGCUGGAAGAAGUACUUGCACAGACAGUUCAUGUUAAUGCAAAAAGUGGCACCGAGAGCACCAUGGACUGACUGGCUCGUACCGGAACCGUGCCCCCGCCUCCCCGUGAGCGCGAGUCCGUCACUUGUAUGGCGCGGACCCCACCGAUGUCGUGC